UUGAUGGUGUGAAUAUAAAAAAAAUUUGCACCACAUCUUAUAGGAAAAAAAAUUGGCUGUCGAAAAUAAUGAUUAAUUCCACAUCAACACAGGUAAUUUGAUAUUCAAUCAUUCAUCAUUUUGACAACGAUUGUUGUUUUACUGAAGGAAAAAAAAAAAAAAAAAAACAAUGACAGCCGUACAAUUAUCGAAUGUGAAUUUUUACUACGCAAAACAACGUCCAAUAUUGGAAGAUAUAAAUCUUCAGGUACCAUAUGGUAAAAUAUAUAGUCUACUUGGACCAAGUGGUGCCGGUAAAACCACUUUACUUCGACUUAUACUUGGCCGUAUUGAAGCCAAUUCCGGUGAAAUCCAUGUACUAGGUGGUUUGCCCGGACAAAAUAAUCGUAUCGUUGGUUAUAUGCCACAAGAUCAGGCAUUAUGUCGUACGUUUACCGUUGGACAAACAUUACAAUAUUUUGCCAAUCUUUAUCGAUUAACGGGGAAAGAAUUUCGUGUACGUAAACAAAAUCUGCAAAAAAUUCUUGGCCUACCCGAUGAUGAUAAACGUAUUUCAGAAUUAUCCGGUGGUCAACAAAAAAUCGUAUCACUUUCAGUGACAUUUUUACAGCGACCAAAAUUAAUGAUAUUGGAUGAACCAACAGUUGGUAGUGAUCCAACAUUGGGUGAUUAUAUUUGGAAAUAUCUGCAUCUACUUUGUCAACAAGAUAAUAUUGUCAUUAUUGUUGUAACACAUUAUAUUGAAGAAGCUGUACGUGCACAUAUUGUUGGUAUUAUGCGUGAAGGUCGUAUGCUUGAAGAAGAUGAUCCUAUGGCAUUGAUAGAACGUUAUGAACAACGUACAUUAGAAGAUGUUUUUCUCUAUCUUUGUCAUAAUGAUCCAAAACCAAAAAUUAUCGAUAACGAUGAUAAUAAUAAUGAAACUGAUAAAAUUGAUGAAAUUAUCGUCAAAAAUGGUAAUCAUAAAACGAUCGAUACUAUUAAUCCGGAAGAAUCAACAUCCAACAUGUAUCAAACAUCAAAUUGGUCGAAAAUUAUUCUCAAUUUAUGGAUACUGAUUGUUUUGGUGCAUAAAAAUUUAUCCAGAUUUUUUCAACUAAACAUCACCACAUUAAUAUUCUUGAUACCGGCAUUUCAGGCUCUCAUUCUUGGUCUUAUGUACGAUGUGGAUGAAGUUGCGAUACCCAUUGGUGUUUGUAACAAUGAACCAGAUCCAUAUUAUUCUGUUCGUUUAUUUGAUUUUAUUGAAAAAGUCGAUAUCUAUUAUUUGAAACCAAAAUAUUAUGAUAAUGAAGAACAAGCAAUGAAUGCAUUGAAAUAUGGCCAUAUUGUUGGCAUAUUGAUUUUUGAUUCAAAUUUCACCGAUGCCAUGAUUACACGUGUUAAUGAUCCAGAUUCAAUGACAAAUGAAACAUAUCUAUCAAGUAUCAUACGUAUUCAUAUGGAUAAUUCAAAUUUUUUAUUUGCCAAUGGUUUUAUUGAUUCAUUACGACAAACUGUAUAUAAUUUUCUUACAAUGGUACAUCAAGAACAAAAUCUAACCAGAUUUGAAGCACCAAUAGAUUUACAUGAUAUAAUCUAUGCAAAAGAUUCAAAAUUAUCUGAUUUUCUUUUACCCGGUUAUUUGAUUGCAUUCAUUUAUCUUUCACAAUUAACAAUAUCAGCACAACUUUUAGUACAAGAACGUAGUGAAGGAUUAUUUGAACGUUCAUUAGUGGCCGGUGUUAGCCAUAAUCUUGUUUUAUUAUCACAUUUUUUUUCCAGUUUUGUUGCAUCAGCCAUUCAAGUUACAUUAAUGUUAUAUGUUGGAUUAUUUUUAUUCGAAAUGAUUAAUGAAGGUCCAAUUUGGCUUGUAUUCACAAUGGUCAUGGCACAGGCUUUAUCUUCAGUUGCAACUGGAUUAUUAAUAUCAUCUGUAGUGAAAGAAGGAUCAACAGCAACAAUGUUUUCAAUAUUCAUAACAUUUUCACAAGUAUUCACCAGUGGUACAAUAUUUCCACGUGAAUUAGUUCCACAAAAUUUUCAAUAUUUAGUCGAUUUCAGUCCUAUUGGUAUACCAUCACAAUCAUUACGUAAUGUAAUGUUACGUUCAUGGCCAAUAACACAUCCAAAUGUUUAUAAUGGUCUUGCAUUGAAUAUUAUUUCCACCAUCAUAUUGUUGAUUAUUUCUGGAUUUUUAUUCAAAAAAUUUUCCUAAAAAAUUAAUUUUUGAUUUUUUUUUCGGAAUAAAAAAUAAAAUAAAAUCACCAUCACUAGAUGGCGAAA